UUCAUGACCUGUGGGGAGUGAUAUCUACGCUCACCUCUCAGGACUGGCAGAAGCACUGCAGGCAGUCAAGGCCAUUGAGCUCAACUAAAGAUCCAGGGAUGGGACAAGACUACUGAAGGGAACAGAGAAAAUAUAUUAAAAGACGCUAAAGACAAUUAGAAAAAUGGUGGCAGAGGAAGUCGUUGUGAUCCUCUCCGGAGGUGCACCAUGGGGUUUCCGAUUACAGGGAGGAGCUGAGCAACAGAUGCCCCUUCAAGUGGCAAAGGUGAGAAAACGCAGUAAGGCUUGCAGGGCAGGUCUCCGAGAGACAGAUGAGCUGGUGUCAAUCAAUGAUAUCCCCUGUGACACACUGUCUCAUGCUGAGGCAAUGAAUCUUAUCGAUGCUGGCAGAGGAAACCUCCAUCUGCGAAUCAAAAGGGCCCCAGCGGCAUUUCAGUCAGUGGUGCUCCUUGGUCGGGCUCCCUCCCCCCGGAUUGAUAAAGAGUAUCGCGCAGCAUUACGAGCUCUAUCUCCCCCGCUCAGCUCUAAUCCUCCUGGUGUCAACAGAGCAUCGCUCAUGUCCCCCACCGGUGGCAUUGAGUGUCUUACAUCCCCUCCAGACAGCGAGGCGUACUAUGGUGAGACAGACAGCGACGCAGAUGUGACGGCCCAGGAAAGGCAACGCAGACAGAGACGAAGAAGCCCCAGUUGCUCCCCCGCCAAAAGCCCAGGACAAGUCUCACCCCAGGAGGAGGAGACCUCGGAACUCAGUGGCUAUGAAAGUGCACAGGAUGUGAGCUGGGCAGUACCUGAUAUGAAUGGAAUGGCAAAGCAGCACCACGCGAUGCCCGGGGUGGCCCGUAGAGAGGUGGUCUACCAGCCACAGCAGCCUGAAUGGUCGCAUAGAGAAGAGAAUUCAUCUGAGAAUUCUGACCAAAGUCCAUCCGGAACUGCAGAAGUGGACAGCGGCUUUCAGGAGCCGCCCUCUGUACCACCUCUUGUUUCUCCAGAACGGGCUAAGGGGGCUCUCAUGUUGGCAUCUCACAAGCUGAUGGUACCCAUGGUGGGCCCUGUGAAUAAACCAGUGGAUGAAGAACUUAGUGCUACAUAUAUGGACAAGGCCAAGCAAGCUAAGCUGCACAGGGGUGAGAGCAAACAGGAAAAGCAGGUGAAGGAGGCUAGAACCAAAUGCCGAACAAUUGCCUCGCUUUUGACUGACGCUCCUAACCCACACUCUAAAGGUGUGCUUAUGUUCAAGAAGCGACGACAGCGUGCAAAGAAGUACACUCUCACCAGCUUUGGCAGUGUGGACGGAGAGGGUUGCAGUACCACUGAGGGAGAAACAGAGGACGAAAGCUUUUUUCCUGGCAGUGAUUCUGAGCUUGAUGAGGACGGUUUUUCGGCUGCACCAGACCCCACCUGGGAUAGUGGUUACUUGGACGUUCUAGAUAGGAGAACUUCAGCGUGUAUUGUGCCUGACAGAGAUGUGAAAACCAACCUUGGCCUAAACGCCACCUCGGGUAAAGGGGCCCAGCUUUUUGAACAACAGCGGAAAAGAGCAGAAGAACAUACAUCAAACCUGGUUACACCCUCCGUAUUACCUAUGUCAAAUCACCUGGGAGACAUAAUGUUGGCAGAUACUCCAAACGCUCCCUUGACUACUUCUCAUAGUACCAAUAUGUUGAACGGGGAACCUUUGGUGGUGAGCAGGACAAGCGUUGUGUUGUCCUCCCCGGGCCAGAUGCUGAUGCCAUCUAUGGCAGGAGCUUUAACAGAGCAAGCAGAUUCAUCAGUUGCAAGCUCAGUCCACAACAGAACUGCCAGGCCAUUUGCCCCAGGCUGUGUAAGCCACAGAGCAGCAACGGCUCCGGUAGUCUUCAGACCCAACACUGCCAAAAAGGCUGAAUCACAGAUCAAGGCUGUGUCUGUGGCAACAAUCCCAGCCUCCUUCUCUCCUGCAAGCUCAGAGGUGAAGAAAGCUGUGUCUACAACAUCAUUGUAUAUCCCUGCCAGACCGGCCACCUUCAAUAGCCUUUCCUCUGUGAUCGGUCCUUCCUCUUUGUUCUCUCCUUCCUCUGUCACUUCAGGUCCGUUUUCACCUCCCCCUUCAAAUGCUCCGUUCUACUCCCCAACCUAUUCCAGUUCCUCUGGUCCUUUUUCUCCAACAGCGUCUCACACAAUAUCCUUAAAUUCCCCAUCUGGUAUGGUCCAGCCUUAUUCUUCUCAAACACAGGCAAUGCCCCUCAGUCCUCCUUACCACAAAGUUUCUGCACAAUAUCAGCCACCUCCACCAUUUCAUGUGCCAGCACAGCCCUUCUCUCCCCCCUUUACAAAUGCCCCAGCCCCUCCCAAUGCCUUUACUCAUUCCCCUCCCAAUGCCUUUAUUCAUCCCCCUGCCCCUCCCAAUGCCUUUACUCAUUCCUCUCCCAAUGCCUUUACUAAUUUCUCUGCUCCUCCCAAUGCCUUUGUUCAUGCCCCUGCCCCUCCCUAUAACUUUAAUCAUGCCCCUGCCCCUCCCAAUGGCUUUACUCAUGCCCCUGCCCCUCCCAAUGCUUUUACUCAUGCCCCUGUCCCUGCCCCAGCCUCAGUUCAUGCCUGUACGCCUGUAACACCAAAUGUGCAAACCUCCCCAACCCUCAAGGUCUCUUUCAAUCCAUACAUAUCUGUGGCAUCCACUACACCAGAAUUACCAGAUACACCAAUGCCCCAAGAGUAUCAAGAAGCAAAAUCCACAGAGGGGAUUUCUUCUCGAGAACAGCGGGUCUCAGUACCUGCUGGCCGUACUGGCAUCCUACAGGAGGCUUGUCGUCGUGGCAGCAGCAAGAAACCAAUGUUUAAUCCCCAAGAGGAGAAAAAGCCUCCGUCAUACAACCCUGAACUACUGUCUCUAGUGCAGAACCUCGAUGAAAGGUCCCAUUCUGGUGCAGAAGCUGGGUUUGAAUCUGGCCCUGAGGAAGACUUCCUCAACCUGGGUGCUGAGGCUUGUAACUUCAUGCACGCACAGAAAAACAAGAUGCCACCACCAGUUGCUCCGAAAAUAGGUCGUCCUGCCCCUGAGAUUUCCCAGAUGCAAGGGAAAGGGGCAGAGUUGUUUGCGCGGAGACAGAACCGCAUGGAGCGCUAUGUGGUGGAUAAACAACCAAAGUCUCCAGCGCAGCCUCGUGAUCCUUCACCCACCCCCUCUCUCCCAGCUCACUGGAAAUACUCUCCCAACAUCCGUGCACCACCACCUAUCAAUUAUAAUCCACUGCUGUCACCAUCCUGUCCCCCAGUGGCCCAGCGCAGCACCAAGGCUAACCAUGCAUCAAACGUUGGGGUUAAAACAGCACCCGGCCAGCACAAACCUGGCAUUAAGGCUCUUGACUUUAUGAGCAGGCAGCCAUACCAGCUCAACUCCUCCUUGUUCAGUUAUGGCGGUGGACUCCCUCAGACCACCGCAAGUUAUCAGCAGCAGCAGAAUGGUGUAAGCAUGACAGGUAAUUCCAUUAACAUGCCCAAGCAGGUCCCCUUAAAAGCAAGCCGUGUAUAUGAAAUCAAACGUUUCUCUACACCUACUCCUAUGUCUGCACCCACAGCCCUCUCCCCUACUGUAAUUGCCCCUCGUUCCGCCACCACUCUCGGGGAGCCAAUGUGGCGUAGUGAUGUCACGUCCCCACCUCCUGUUGCUCCACGGCCCAUGGCACCAUUUUCCCCACCACCUCCUGCACCGACAGCAGCCUUGCCAGCUCUUCCCAAAAUAUCUACUGCCCCUGUGCCUUAUUCAGUGCCAAUUCAACAGGCCACAACUCCCCUGCAAGCCUACACCCCAUUCCAGGCAGCCAAGCAGUUCCAAAGUGCCCCAGAGUUGAGUCCCCUGGCUGCCGGUCUACGAUCCUCUGUGUCUGGAAGCAGCCAAAACCUGCGGGUACCGAGACCUCGCUUCAGUACAUCGAGUAUGGGGCUCCAACCAAAUGUGUGGAGGCCUGGAUCCAUCCUAUACUGAGAAUCCACUGUGACACUAAUUACCAGCCAGGGGCAAGAGCACUCAUAAGCUUGAGCUCUGUUCCGUCAAACAAAUUGUUUGAUUACAGGAAUAUGACAAAAAGCAUCAGUCACAGAACUGUUACAGUUUUCUGCAUGUUCACAGUUUUUGCACAAGGUUGUUCUUCUUUCACUCUACGAAACUUGAAGUGAUAGUUUACCCAAAAUAAAAAUACAGUCAUCAUUUACUAACCACCAUUGUUCGAUUACCAUGUUUACAUACAUGUUUGAAAUGACAAGAGGGUGAGUUAAAGAUGACAGAAAUUUCAUUUUUGGGUCCCUUUAAUGUACCAAAGAUUUAUUCAUAUCUGAUUCAUACUGUUAGUUCAGAUCUCAUGUGCUUUACAAUACAUACAGUUAACAUGUUUGCAGAACCAUAGCAUGAAAUAGCACAGUCACUACUUGUUAUAGGAACUACAUGAAAGGCACUUAUGUCUGAUAACAAUCAGUUUUGAUGUACAUGGGGCCACAAGGAAAUUAAGUGAUAGCACUGAAUUGUGUUUGAAGUUUGCCACAAGAAAAAAGGGAUGUUGGGUUAGAAAACUGUUUAUGAUGAAAUCCUAUUGUGUUAGUAGAUACUUAAGGCCAGAAUCAUUGUAGAUUUGAGUACAUAUGAUACAGAAUGUUCAGAGAUGUGUUUGUGACAGAAGAAAGAGGUACAAAGAUUGUGACAACAGCUGAAAUGAUUUAGAAGAAGAGUCCUGGAGAGAUGGUACAAACCAGUGCCUGCUACGCUCGCGCUCUUGAAUUUCUUGUUUAUAAUCUUGCCUCUGUUAUGUCUUUGUUUUAACACUUGCAAAUCCUUGGGCAAAAUAUCUCUUGAGGCUUGCUUAGAGGCUUUGCUUCUUGCUUGACGGGGAUCAAAAUGGAUGCUUGAUGCAUGUGCUCAUUUCAUCCUCAUAAUGCCGCAGAUGUCGAGUUUGGAGAUUGACUGAGCGUUUUGAAAAGCAUGUCAACUCAGCUGUCUGGAAUUGUGCUGGAGCCUUUUCGUAUGACAACUCAAGAAAAACAAACCCAGAAAGCACUGCUUUCUCUUUAUAACAUAUUAUGCGAAUGCAAAGGAAUCUUUCUGCGGCGCUGGCUCUCAUUGCAAUUAAUACUUAGGCCUAUGCCAAACAAGUAUUACAAUCGAUCACUUGUGUGAACUGUUCAGCAGGAAUUGUGAAAUACGGACAUGACUAGUUGAAAUUUGCUUUUUUUUUAAGAAUAAUAACCGAUGAACUAAAUGAAGGACAUGGCAUGGUGGGUACCAUUUUCUUAGGAUGAGAUGGUUGUUUGGAAGUAAAUGUAUUGUUGUCAUUUAAAGUGAACUCCGCCCGAAAUUGAAAAUUCUGCCAUUAAUUACUCAAGUAAUAACUAACUCAGGUACCUCAAGUACCCUUAACACCUCAGUUUUUCCCCAGAAUGCAAAUUUAGGUCGUUUUGGAAGCUUGACUCCUCCAUAGAUUGCAACGCAACCAAAUUUCAAAGCGCCGAAAGUGCGUAAAGACGUCGUAAAAAAGUCCACGUGACUCUGGUGGUUGAGUAGUAAUUAAUAUAAUGUGACGAGAAUAAUUUUUGUGCGCAAACAAACAAAGCUAACAACUUUAUUAAAACUUCCUGAUUUGGUUGUUGUUUUCCAGCGCGCGUUCCCGACAGUGCAUCCGGUGUAAACAUCGCUCGACGCAUGCGUGUUAUGACGUAGAGCCUGUGUGGGCGUUGUUUUUGGUAGCGUUGCAAUCUAUGGAGGAGUCAGAAAGCUUCCAAAACUUCCAAAACGACCUUAAUUUGCGUUUUGGGGAAAACGGAGCUUCUAGGGAUGUUAAACUACUUGAGAGUGACUAAUUAAUGGCAGAAUUUUCAUUUUUGGGCGGAGGUCCCCUUUAAUUAGAAAGUGAUAGUAGAUGUAUUUCGAUAUUUAAAGUAUGAAGCACAUUUUAAAACAAGAAUAGAGGGAAGUGCAAGUCAGAACUUUUCUGACCUUGUGAGAUACUACAGUAGGGUGUGUUGUUGUAUACACUAAAAUGUUCAUAGGCAUACAGCGUCAACAACAAGUGUGUACAAAUAAGACUGUCAGAUUGUAUGUCAGACUACAGUGUUUUUAUAGAUGAAAUUCUUUAGUACAUGUGUUAUAUCUAUGCUUUAGAUACAGUGUUAUGAAAAUAUUGUAAUGAAAUGUAAUAGUGCGUUGGGUAAUUUGAAGUUUAUAGUAGGACUAUGUUAGAAAUUAAUGAAUGCCUUGUUUUUUGGGGGGGGGGGUGAGGGGCUGGGGGGGUUAGAGAUAAGAAUUUAUUUGUACUGUUUGACAUUGACGUAGAGCAAUUUAAAUAAA